CUAAAAUACAUACAAAAUUUGACCGUGUGUAAAGAGAUAUCAAAUGUAAAAUUGGAUCUCGAUCAGAUAACGUAAAAACGUGCCCCGAAGCUCUCAAAGUUUCACACACGAACCUACGAGGCACGUUUUCUCGUUAUUCGAUCGAGCUGAUACAGAAAUUAUUUUUUUAUGCAUUGGAACCAUUCCAAGGGCUGGGGCUGAAAAAUUCUAAAACACAUAAAAUAAGUCACACAUUCUUUAAAGUGCAAGCAAUAAUACUGUUUCAAAUGAACGUCGCAGGAAUAUUUUUUUUUAAAUUAAAUGGUUCGCGAUGGGAGACAAAGUAUUGUUGACGAUAUUUCGAAACGUUAUCUCGUCUCUUAAUUUAUCGUUUCGUUGCCUUGAAUCUCGCCGAAAUUCCUCGCUGGCGUUUGCUUCUGUUUACGAAGACUCGACCGCGAUCGGCGCGUACCGUCGCGACGACUCGCGUCAUAAUCGUCGUCGGUGUUAUCAAUUGUCCUGCAGGUGACAGAUAACGUGCAAGCCUCACGACGCCGGGUUAGUUGAGCGUUUCUUGCCGCGGCGCGAAGAACCUUUUUCCGCGAUGGUGCGCCACGAACGAUCGACAAUAAUAUCGUCGACGUCGGUGGAUCAAUGAAACGUUCCAACAGCCGAUAACCUCGAUUUUAAUCGAGUUGCAGGUCCUAUCGACGAUCAUGGAUCGUUCAAUUUCACGAAGAAACGAACUUCGAGGCGAACGGAAGUCCGUGUCGCAACGCGUCCAAAGAGCCCAGAGAUUUACAUAACUCCGCGAUGGAAGACCUUCCUUCGAGCCAAUUAAUUCCGUCCAAUUAACACCAGCAUCGAUUAUGGAUUUGUCCCACCUCUCGUAUUCUUCCCACGAGUACCGUAAAUAUUUCUACGAUAUUAAAUCUUACGAACCCUCUGGCGUUAAAAAUUCCAUUUUGAGGACGAUUAACAGUCGUCGGAGGGUUGGUUCUGGGAAUGUUGCUGGGAGCAAUUAUUGGAUGCAGGAGUGACAGGCGCGUAUGCAGGCUGAUAACGUAAUCGUCUGCGUGCGAGUACUCACGUUGGACGGGAAGCUACAUUCGCAGCCAUGAUUCUCUGCUCACGUGUCGUAGAUUAUCUGCUAAGUCGUUGCUCGACACGACGAGACAGCGGGAGAAGAAUAUCGAAAAUUAUCACACUGUGAGAAGAGAUGCUCUAUUGUGCUUUACAUCAUCGAUGAGAAUCGCAAAUCCGCGAAUCACGUUGCUCCGUCGAAGAAGAAAGCUGAAGAGAUUCUGACGGCGUGUGUUUGCAGCCGCUGAGAAAGUCAUCGGGAUUUCAGUAGAAAAUAGCAGAUCGAAGUGGAUGGGGAAUGAAAAGUCUCGCGGGUACGGUGUUCACCUAUCGACGCGUUAAACGUGUAUUUCGACCAGUUUAUAGAGUUAAAACGUGAGAAACAAAAAUAAACAACCUCAAGAGGAUUUAUGGAAUCGCCAGCCUUAUCGUUUGUUGCGACAGUUUAUCGUCGACGGACACUUAAUCCAGUGGAAACAAUAACUCCCAACUCAAGAACAACUAUGAACAUUCCAUUGCAAUAAAUACCCAAGUGACGAACAACGUGAUAAUCUUGAAACCCCAGUGUCCCCAUCACGAAAGAAUUCGUCAGCUCGUCGAUGGAACGUUAUUUGUUCGAUCAGACGUCUCGUCCAGCGCAAACAAUGCCCAAGCGAACGAGAUAGUACGAAAAUUGCAUCAACCGCGAGGAAUGCAAAUCGUUCGAGGAUGAAUCAACGGGCAGGUAUCUCACCGUGGACGAAAUUUUUUAGCCCGGUGGGUCGAAACGGAAAGACUCCCGCGAAAAGACUAUCCGCGUGAGAUAAAACUCGAGUGAAUGGAAGUCGAGGUCUCCGCUGGCGAUCUUGGCUGGAACGGAAACAGAGAAAAGAAUCGAGCGGUGUUCGACGAUAAUCAUUGGGAACAAUGUCGUGCAGGAAGAAGAUAGACUCGAAACUCUGGCUGGGCUACACCCAAGCGAUGGAAACCGAGGUGCGGACACUCAAGCAAGAGCUGGUUCGCACCCAGGAUGCCUUGAAGGCGGCCACAAAGAGAUGCCGCGACCUGGUGAAGGAGCUGGACAACCGCGCCACGGGUCACGAGUCCGAGAGGACGCUUCGGGACCAACAGCUGUCGCGGAUUCUACGCGCCCUGCUCGUCCUCGAGGCGCGGCUCAAGCAGGAGCAGAAGUCGAUCAGGCAGCUGCUCUGCGAGAAGGACAACGUGAUCAGGAACCAGCAGCUGGAAAUAGCAAGGCUCAGGCGUUACACGAAGAACUACAUCAAGUGCAAACGCGAGCAGACGCUUGGCAAGGCCUCGAUGCAGAUCGAAACUACGAACAUCGAGGAUCGCGAUCUUCAAACAUCCACCGUCGAAUUGGACUCCAGGCAGGACAGCAGCAUCAGCAAGGACAUACAGAAUCUGAAGUGCGAGAUAAUCACGAAGCUGAGCCCGUCGGUGGUAUCCGUCGCGUUGGACGACCUGGACAGAGGCGUUAAGAAGACUCACAGCUUCGCUGGCAGCGAUAUCUCGAAGACGAGUUUAACGAGCAGCGAGAACACGGACGUGUCUAUUAUCACGACCACCACGGAGGGCAGUCCCUCGUUGCUCAGCACUGAGGGUUUCUGCGAAGGCGAGAGCACCGACGUGUCGCCCGGCUCCACGCUGAACAAGUCCAGCAGAUACACGCCUACGAUGGUCACCGACAGCGAGAACGAGACGACGAUGAUCUACGACGACAACGACGACGAGGAGACGACGAUCAAGGAGAACGGUCCGAAGCUGGCGAAAAAGAGGACGGGAAUCGGCAGGUCGAAGACGCAGAAGGCUGGCAAAAACGCGGAGGCGAUCGAGACGACGAACAUCGCGAGGACGGAGAGCAAGGACGACGGGAUGGACUGUAAUUUCGCAUCGGAGGACGAGGAGAAGGAGCAAGAACCUAUUUACGUUAACGCUUGCAACGAGACGAAUUCUAGGAACUUGGAGCACACGGAGAACGCGGUACCCGAAGCGCCGAAAACUGACGAGAAUUACAGUAACAAUAACAACAGCAACGAUGGUUGUAACAGCAACAACGAUAGCAGUGUGCCCCCGAAAAUGGAAAUGGAGGAACAAAACGUGGAAGAGACCAGCGGGAACUGGUACAGCGAUCCGGACGAGGACAGGAUCAACGACGAUGUUUUCAGGCACAGCACCUAUCGGCCAAACAGCAAUCACAACUCCGUUCUGGAAUGCGUGAACCAGAUCCUUCUGAGAGACAUGGAGGAAGAGGAGAACAUUCUAUCCGUGUCCAGGAGGUUUAAGCACAGAGGUAGAAUCGUUCGCUUUCAAUCAGCAAGGUUGUCCGACAUCGAGUCGGUGGGCUCCGAAAUGGAAAGAAAAAAUUCCGAGGAAACUGUCACGGAGAAGGAGGUGGUGUCCAGCAACGAAUUCAACGAGGCCCCUGCCAGCAGCUUCGAGCCCACCGCUACGGAGGACGAGUUUGGGAUGAGUCUCGCUCAGUCUGCACCCUCCAGCGUCGCAACAAACAUCACCAGUCGCGAGUCGAGCCUCGAGGAGUCGGAGGAAUCGAAAGCCAUUCCUAUAGUAAUCAUAGAGCCAAAGGUCGAAGCGAAGGAGACGAGGCACGCGACGUUCCCCUCGUCGCAGACAGCGCAAAAAUCGAAUCCACCUCUGAAGAUGGAAAGGAUCGAGGAGAAGACCUGUUUGCAAAUGUCUGGGAAGGGAUUGACCAUAGCGAAGAACCUCGACUACGAGGACAUAGAGUCGCUACCCGAGAUAAUAUCGCCACCUCCAAAAACGCCCCCAGCAUUGCCGCCUAAGCCUCAAUUCAAAAACAACACGUUGAUCCUGAAAAAGAUUCCUAGUCCCUCGUUCCUCAUCGACGAGACGCGCAAGAAGCAACCGUUGCUCGAGUCGGGUCCCACCGAGCACGGCAAAAAGAUUUUCGGUUUCAUAUCCUCGCCGUUGAAGUCGGCUGGCAUCAGCGUGACGUCAGCCAGAAGCUUGAACUUCGAGGAAACCAUCAGCAAAGUCACGGGAACGAACGAGGAGGGAAACUUCUGGAAGAACAGGUUCAACAAUGUUCGUUCUUCGUUCCAGACGCGACAGAGUCAUGAGUCAGGUGGCGAGCAAACGCGGAAGACGCCCAGGGUCACGAACAUCGUUCGUCACUUCGAGGAGUUCAAGAUCGGCGGCGAAUCCGAUGAGCAGACGAAGGAAAGGAGCAAGACCAAGGAGAAGCACGUUCAUCCGGAGUUCGAUCAGGAGUUCGACAUCAGACAGAACUUCGAGGAGUUUAAUCUGGACGAGUGCAACCUGUCCGACGAUCCCGACAGGCCCGAGGGCGACGGCUCGGAGAGACUUGGUAACCUCGGGGCCACGGUUGGCCAGAACGAGAAAACUGCCGCAACCAAAGACAAUAAUAAUGUUCCUCUAGCUGCGACCAACUCGAGUAGUGGUUACGACCACUUCCUGGAAGCAACGGGUCUUAGCAAUAAAUCUAUUCUAACGCCGUCGAGGUUGCUGAGUAAUCACAAGAGUAUGCUGAAACCGAAGGACGUCAAGUAUAAGAAUAAAAUUAAGGCGACCGCGGUGUUGGAGAAGCAUGGUGUCUCCGCUACCAACAACACCACUCAUGUCAGACAUUGGACCGGGCCGUUUGUCUGACGACUGGCCCAAGUUUUUCCAAGUAAUCUGUUUCGACAAGAACCUGACGAGGGGGAGUGAUCAUUUUGGUGUACUAUACGCGCGUCGAAAGUUGCGUCACAGCAGGGAUUUUAACCCUAACUCGGUUUGGUUCUGUUUUCUAGAGUAACCCACCGUAACUGGGUCAACCAUGUCUCCAUGCGUUGGAUCUUACUGCAGGUUAUACUACUACAGUUAACUUGAUUUCACAGAGGGUUAUAAUACUAUGGUCAAUCUUCUAAAAAGUAGGUCUGCUAUUUAAUUCCCAUUGGUUAUCCUCAGUAAUUUAUGACAUUGAUCAAAUAUUGCAACUACACCACAGCAGUCAUGUUAAAAACAGUCAAGCAUUUGGUCCAACUUCUAAGAGCCUUUGUUCACUCUUAAUUUGUUAGCAAUUGUUAAUUAGGAAUAAGCAAGAAGGUUCCCUCAAGUUUGUCCCACAAAUUUCAAACAAAAUGAUGCAGCCAUUAAUAGAUUACGCUUUUUGUAGAUGUCGUCAAGUUUCAGGUGCGCACAAAGGUGGUUAGAGUUUCAUUAAACACAACUGGUUAACAGACGCAUUCUCUCGACGCGCAAGUAAUAACUGUUCUCGUGCACUUUUAAAGAUCAGUGGAAAAAAAAACAAAUAAGAAUCAGUGACUGUGAAUAUUCAGACUGUGCUUCCAACACAGUUAAUCGUUAAACACGUUUCAAGUGUAAAAUAUAAUGGUGUAAAUUAUUAUUGAUAAUCCUUUUCUAACGCAACGCUUUUUCAUUUUUUUGUUGUGCGAAAAAAUGGAAAGCCCAUAGGAAUUAAUUUAUUUAUAACAGCUUUUCAACGUAAAAAGUAUUUCAAUGUGUUGUAUAUAUUUUAAUAAAAUGUUUCGUACAUAUUUAUAGCGUGGCUAAUGAAAACAAUAAAUUAAAUAAUUUCGUAGCGACGUAUGUUAAGCUUGGCUCAUUCCGCCGAGAUCGCGAGUACAAUUUGUUUACCGCGAAUAUUUAUAACUUUAUCGUGGCAACAUUUUUCUUUUCUGUUGUUUUAAAAUUAAAAUGACAAGUUACUGAAAUCUAUUUCAUUAUUAAAAAUAUGCGUCAAAUAGACAAAUCUGAAGAAAUAGAAAAUAUGAUGAUUUAUCUGUAGUUUUUUAUUAACUCGUAAUUACAUUCUUGUUAUAUAAAUGUUUUCGUACCUUGCCACAGAUAUUUUA